UCGACCACGUGGUUCCCGAGCCAGGGACCAGUUUGCUGACAGCGUUUGACCAGUGGAGAGAAUGGGCAGACAGCAAAUCCUGCUGUGACUACUCCCUGCACGUGGACAUCACUGAGUGGCAUAAGGGUGUCCAGGAGGAGAUGGAAGCUCUGGUUAAAGAUCAUGGUGUGAACUCCUUCUUGGUGUACAUGGCUUUCAAAGAUCGCUUCCAGCUCAGUGACUCUCAGAUCUACGAGGUCCUGAGCGUGAUCCGGGACAUCGGCGCGACGGCCCAAGUGCACGCCGAGAACGGUGACAUCAUUGCCGAGGAGCAGCAAAGGAUCCUGGAACUGGGAAUCACGGGCCCUGAAGGGCAUGUGUUGAGCAGACCUGAAGAGGUGGAGGCAGAGGCCGUGAACAGGGCAAUCACCAUCGCCAACCAGACCAACUGCCCCCUCUAUAUCACCAAGGUGAUGAGCAAAAGCGCCGCUGAUGUCAUUGCUCAAGCCAGGAAAAAGGGCACUGUGGUGUAUGGAGAGCCCAUCACAGCCAGCCUGGGGACUGAUGGAUCCCAUUACUGGAGCAAGAACUGGGCAAAGGCAGCAGCUUUUGUUACAUCCCCACCGCUGAGUCCUGACCCAACCACUCCUGAUUUUCUCAACUCACUACUGUCCUGUGGAGACCUCCAAGUGACCGGCAGUGCCCACUGCACCUUCAACACUGCUCAGAAAGCUGUUGGGAAGGACAACUUCACCCUGAUCCCUGAGGGAACCAAUGGCACUGAAGAGAGGAUGUCCAUCAUCUGGGACAAGGCUGUGGUGACUGGCAAGAUGGAUGAGAACCAGUUCGUGGCUGUGACCAGCACAAAUGCAGCCAAAAUCUUCAACCUGUACCCGCGGAAGGGCCGCAUCGCCGUGGGCUCGGACGCCGACCUGGUUAUCUGGGACCCCGACAGCGUCAAGACAAUCUCUGCCAAGACUCACAACAUAUCCCUGGAGUACAACAUCUUCGAGGGCAUGGAGUGCCGCGGCUCCCCCCUGGUGGUGAUCAGCCAGGGCAAGAUCGUGCUGGAGGAUGGCAACCUGCACGUCACCGAGGGCUCGGGGAGGUACAUCCCCAGGAAACCCUUCCCAGACUUCGUUUACAAGCGCAUCAAAGCCCGCAGCAGGCUGGCUGAGCUGCGGGGUGUCCCCCGAGGCCUCUACGACGGCCCCGUGUGCGAAGUGUCGGUGACACCGAAGACCGUCACGCCGGCGUCCUCGGCCAAGACCUCCCCUGCCAAACAGCAGGCACCCCCCGUGAGGAACCUGCACCAGUCGGGGUUCAGCUUGUCUGGGGCACAGAUCGACGACAACAUCCCGCGCCGCACGACCCAGCGCAUCGUGGCACCGCCGGGCGGACGUGCCAACAUCACCAGCUUGGGCUAAGGACCCUCCCCUCCUGUGCCCACCAGGCAAACCAGGGGGGCCAGGGCACCUGGAGACCCUUCUUGAUCCUUUUAGAGCCUGUGACAGUUACUGCGGGCAACCAGUGAGGGGGGGCUGAAGUAAAAGCGCCUCUUUCAGUCCCCUCAGAUUUCCCUCCUCAUCUUCACCGACCCCCCUCUCACUUUCCCCCCACCCCCUCCCCCUUUACACAUUUAAAGAAAUAAACCCUGUUUUGGCACCUCUGACAUGCAAGAGUAAAUGUAAAGAGGGUAUUUGAGAUAUGUGGCCUCUGUCCCAUUCAGCAUCUUUCUUUUAAUAAAGGAAGGAUAAAGUGAAUUUCCCGGGAGCUGCCUUUAAGACACACACACACAAAAGAAAAA